UUGUAUCCUCUGAGUGUUUUUCCUUUUUACAAAUGUCAGAUUACGAAUUAUAUACUGUAGGCAAAGAAUUUACUACCGACCAUCGUGUGUACAUUGGUAAAUGAAGGACACUGACAGCAAUUAGAAAUGACAGAGUUUAACUUGGACGAUUGAAUUUAGAACAAAAUGGAAAGAUAAUUUCACCUUUUCAUGACAUUCCACUUUAUGCCGAUGCGGAAAAAAAGAUUGUUAAUAUGGUGGUAGAGAUUCCUCGUUGGAGUAACGCUAAACUAGAAAUUGCGACAGGAGAAAAGUAUAAUCCUAUCAAGCAAGAUGUCAAAAAGGGUAAGGUGAGAUUUGUACGCAAUUGUUUCCCUUAUAAGGGCUAUAUUUGGAACUAUGGCGCAUUACCCCAAACUUGGGAAGACCCCACUGUGGUUACAGAGGAUACAGGUGCCAAGGGAGACAAUGACCCGAUUGACGUGUGUGAGAUUGGGCAAGAAAUUGCACAUGUGGGCCAAGUAAAACAAGUCAAGAUUCUUGGCGUCAUGGCUUUAUUAGAUGAAGGAGAAACCGAUUGGAAAUUAAUUGCCAUCGAUAUUCGUGACCCAAUGGCGGACAAAUUAAACGACAUUAAUGACGUUGAAAAACACUUUCCUGACUUGAUUAAAGCAACGCAUCACUGGUUCGAAAUUUACAAAAUCCCUGACGGCAAACGGCCAAAUGAAUUUGCAUUUGGUGGACAAUGCAAAGGUAAAUUGUAUGCCGAGUCUAUUGUGAAUGAAACGCAUGAGGCAUGGAAAAGGUUAAUCGAAGGCAAGAUACCUUCCAAAGGCGACUCCUACGAUAUUAGUGUGGCUAAUGUAACCGUCGAAAAUUCACCAUACAAGACGUUACACAAGGAUAACAAGUCAUUGAGCAAGUUUAAAAAGCCUGUCGUGAUGAAUGAAAGGGAUGACAAGUGGUAUUUCUUGAAGGCAAAUCUAUAAAAAAGAUACAAUAAAACUUUAAAAUAAAUGAUUGGAACACAAAAUGUAUUAAACGCUCCUUACCAUUUUUUGGG